CAGCUUUGCCGCGUCGUGUGCGCGCUCGCUAAACAAAGAUGGCGGACAUGGACUCGAGGGUGGACCGGUCCGAUCCGGAGCUGCGUUUCUUGUCGGUCGACAGGAACAGCUUCAACGACCCGGCUACCCAGGCGGAAUGGACGCAGAAGAAGCUGGUCUGGGUGCCGCACGAGACGCAGGGCUUCGUCGCCGCCGGCAUCAAGGGCGAGCGCGGCGACGAGGUCGAGGUGGAGAUCGCGGAGACCGGCAAGCGUGUGCUCGUCGCGAAGGACGACAUACAGAAGAUGAAUCCGCCCAAGUUCGACAAGGUCGAGGAUAUGGCGGAGCUUACCUGUCUCAACGAGGCGUCCGUGCUGCAUAAUCUCAAGGACCGAUACUACUCCGGACUGAUUUACACAUACUCUGGCCUCUUCUGCGUCGUGGUAAACCCCUACAAGAGACUGCCGAUAUACACAGAGAAGAUCAUGGAAAGGUAUAAAGGCAUCAAGAGACACGAAGUACCGCCACACGUCUUCGCUAUUACCGAUACAGCUUACCGUUCUAUGUUACAAGAUCGCGAGGACCAGUCGAUCUUGUGCACUGGCGAGUCCGGCGCCGGCAAAACCGAGAACACGAAGAAAGUGAUCCAGUACUUGGCUUAUGUGGCCGCGUCGAAACCCAAGUCAAACGCGACUCCAAGCCCGGCAUUAAUCAUAGGAUCCGGAGGUGUCACGGAAAAGUUUGCGGUAAUUAACGUGAAACAGGGAGAAAGAAAGUGGGAGGAAACGAUAUUAACACUGGGUGAGCUCGAACAGCAGCUUCUUCAGGCAAAUCCUAUUUUGGAAGCAUUUGGCAAUGCGAAGACCGUAAAGAAUGACAAUUCGUCCCGUUUCGGUAAAUUUAUAAGAAUAAAUUUUGACGCGUCCGGUUACAUAGCCGGGGCAAACAUCGAGACGUAUCUUUUGGAGAAAUCGAGGGCCAUUCGGCAAGCAAAAGACGAAAGAACUUUUCAUAUAUUUUACCAGCUGCUGGCAGGUGCCUCGCCGGAACAAAAGAAGGAAUUUAUACUGGAAGAUCCGAAGCACUAUCCCUUCCUGUCAAAUGGGGCUUUACCGGUACCUGGCGUUGAUGAUUCCGCCGAGUUCUUCUCCACGGUAAAGUCAAUGCACAUCAUGGGCAUGACCAACGAGGACUUCUCUUCUAUCUUCCGUAUCGUUUCCGCCGUGAUGCUGUUCGGUUCGAUGCAGUUCCGUCAAGAACGGAAUUCUGAUCAAGCGACGCUACCCGAUAACACGGUGGCGCAGAAGAUCUCGCACCUGUUGGGCUUGAGCGUGACCGAGAUGACGAAAGCCUUCCUGAAGCCGCGCAUUAAGGUCGGCCGUGAUUUCGUAACGAAGGCGCAGACGAAAGAGCAGGUGGAAUUCGCUGUGGAGGCGAUUUCGAAGGCCUGCUACGAGAGGAUGUUCCGUUGGCUGGUCAACAGGAUCAACAGGUCCCUGGACAGAACGAAGCGACAGGGCGCUAGCUUCAUCGGUAUACUGGACAUGGCCGGUUUUGAGAUAUUUGAACUCAACUCCUUCGAGCAGUUGUGCAUCAACUAUACGAACGAGAAGCUACAACAGUUGUUUAACCACACGAUGUUCAUUCUGGAACAGGAGGAAUAUCAACGCGAGGGAAUCGAGUGGAAAUUUAUAGAUUUCGGCUUGGACCUGCAACCAACGAUUGACCUGAUCGAUAAACCGAUGGGUAUCAUGGCGCUCUUGGACGAAGAAUGUUGGUUCCCGAAGGCCACGGACAAGACAUUCGUCGAGAAGCUAGUUGGCGCUCAUAGCGUCCAUCCAAAGUUCAUGAAGACCGAUUUCCGCGGCGUAGCUGACUUCGCAAUCAUUCAUUACGCCGGUAAGGUUGAUUACUCUGCCGCCAAGUGGCUAAUGAAGAACAUGGACCCAUUGAACGAGAACGUUGUCAGCCUUCUGCAAGCCUCGCAGGACCCGUUUGUGUGUCACAUCUGGAAGGACGCCGAGAUCGUUGGCAUGGCGCAGCAGCUCACGGACACGCAAUUCGGCGCGAGAACGAGGAAGGGCAUGUUCAGAACCGUCUCGCAGUUAUACAAGGAACAGUUGGCCAAGCUGAUGGUCACUUUGCGCAACACGAAUCCAAACUUUGUCAGAUGUAUUAUUCCGAAUCACGAGAAACGGGCCGGUAAGAUCGACGCGCCGCUUGUGCUGGAUCAGUUACGGUGCAACGGUGUGUUAGAGGGCAUCCGUAUCUGCCGGCAAGGCUUUCCGAACAGAAUUCCGUUCCAAGAAUUUAGACAACGCUACGAACUGCUCACUCCAAAUGCUAUUCCCAAGGGAUUCAUGGAUGGCAAGAAGGCUUGCGAAAAGAUGAUUCAAGCAUUGGAGUUGGAUCCGAAUCUUUACCGUGUCGGGCAAUCUAAAAUCUUCUUCCGCGCCGGAGUGCUGGCUCAUCUUGAGGAGGAAAGAGAUUACAAGAUCACGGAUAUAAUCGUUAAUUUCCAAGCCUUCUGCCGUGGCUUUUUGGCCAGACGUAACUAUCAGAAGCGCUUGCAACAACUUAAUGCGAUCCGUAUCAUCCAGCGAAACUGUGCGGCUUAUCUGAAACUGCGCAACUGGCAAUGGUGGCGAUUGUACACCAAGGUGAAGCCUCUGCUGGAAGUUACCAAGCAGGAGGAGAAGCUCACGCAGAAAGAGGACGAGUUGAAACAGGUCCGUGACAAGCUGGAACUGCAAUUGCACUCGGCUCAAGAGUACGAGCGCAAGUAUCAGCAGGCAAUCGAGGAGAAGACCAUGCUGGCUGAGCAACUGCAGGCGGAGGUCGAACUCUGCGCUGAAGCUGAGGAAAUGAGAGCGAGACUUGCCGCGAGGAAGCAGGAGCUUGAGGAAAUUUUGCAUGAUUUGGAGGCGCGUAUUGAGGAGGAAGAAGAGAGAAGCGCCGCGUUGACUCAGGAAAAGAAGAAACUACAACUGAAUAUCAGCGAUCUUGAGGAACAAUUAGAGGAGGAGGAAGCCGCCAGACAGAAACUUCAACUGGAGAAGGUCCAAUGCGACGCAAAAAUCAAAAAAUUGGAGGAGGAUCUCGCCCUGUCGGAUGACACUAAUCAAAAGUUACUGAAAGAGAAAAAGAUUCUUGAGGAGCGAGCCAAUGACCUCUCGCAGACCCUGGCGGAGGAAGAGGAAAAGGCCAAGCAUUUAUCGAAGUUGAAGGCGAAGCACGAAGCGACGAUUGCCGAUCUCGAGGAAAGACUUCUCAAGGAUCAUCAACAACGUCAGGAAGUGGAUAGGUCCAAGAGAAAAGUCGAGACUGAGGUUUCGGACUUGAAAGAGCAAGUGGCUGAGAGGAAAACGCAAGUCGAGGAACUGCAGCUUCAACUUGGCAAACGCGAGGAAGAGCUCAACCAAGUCAUGGCGAGAAUGGAUGAGGAAGGCGCCUCUAAGGCCCAAGCUCAGAAGGCCCUCAGAGAAUUGGAGUCACAGUUAGCUGAGCUCCAGGAGGACUUGGAGGCUGAAAAGGCGGCUAGAAGUAAAGCAGAGAAACUAAAACGUGACUUGAAUGAGGAGCUUGAGGCGUUGAAGAACGAAUUACUCGAUUCUCUGGACACCACCGCAGCUCAACAAGAAUUGAGAAGCAAACGUGAGCAGGAACUCGCGACGUUGAAGAAGAAUCUUGAAGAGGAAACCUCAUUGCAUGAAGCUACACUCGCCGAAAUGCGUCACAAGCACACGCAAGAACAGACUGCUUUGAACGAACAGAUGGACGCAUUGAAGAAGACGAAAGCGGUCCUGGAAAAGGCGAAAGGAUCCUUGGAGGCUGAGAACGCCGACCUAGCGACGGAACUCAGGUCGGUUAGCGCAAGCCGGCAGGAAUCUGAUCGUCGUCGUAAACAGGCAGAACAACAAUUGGCGGAGAUAAAUGCGAAACUGGCCGAGGUAGAAAGAAACAAGCAGGAAUUGGCCGAGAAAGUAACAAAAUUGCAGCUAGAGGCGGAGAGCGUGAUGCAACAAUUGGAAACCGCCGAACUGAAAGCAUCUGCAGCGUUGAAGGCGUCGGCUACCUGUGAAUCACAGUUUACUGAACUUCAGCAGCAACUGGAAGAGGAAACCCGACAAAAACUGGCUCUCAAUUCUAAAUUGCGCGCAUUGGAGAGUGAGAGAGACAGUCUGCACGAUCAGCUCGAGGAGGAGGAAGAGGCGAAACGUGCCUUGGACAAGCAAGUGCUGAGCCUGAACGUGCAACUGGCUGAGGCCAAAAAACGCGCUGAGGAGGAAGCGGAAGCGGCUGCUGCUCUUGAAGAAGCCAGAAAACGUUGUACGAAAGACAUCGAGGCUCUUCAGCGGCAAGUGGAAGAGUUACAAGCAGCCAAUGAUAAACUGGACAAAUCAAAGAAAAAGAUCCAGGCGGAACUGGAGGAUAGCAUUAUCGAACUGGAGGCGCAGCGAGCAAAAGUGCUCGAAUUGGAGAAAAAGCAAAAGAACUUUGACAAAGUGCUGGCUGAGGAGAAAGCUGUGUCCGAGCAGUAUGCGGAACAGAGGGACGCCGCGGAGAGGGAAGCCCGCGAGAAGGAGACGAGAGUGCUGUCGUUGACUCGUGAAUUGGACGAACUUAACGAGAAGAUCGAGGAACUCGAGCGAGGUCGUCGAGGUCUACAAUCAGAACUGGACGAGUUGGUUAACAAUCAAGGUACCGCUGAUAAGAAUGUUCACGAAUUGGAAAAGGCGAAACGUUCGUUGGAGUCGCAGCUGCAGGAGCAGAAAUCGCAGGUGGAGGAGCUAGAAGACGAGCUGCAGUUUACAGAAGAUGCCAAGCUGCGGUUGGAAGUGAAUAUGCAAGCGUUGCGGGCUCAGUUCGAGCGCGACCUCCAAACCAAGGAGGAGCAAGCGGAAGAGAAACGCCGGGGAUUGGUGAAGCAAUUGCGCGAUCUUGAGGCAGAACUCGAAGAUGAGAGAAAACAACGCGCUGCAGCCAUCGCUGCGCGUAAGAAGAUGGAGGCUGACUACAAGGACAUCGAGCAACAGUUGGAAAUGCACAAUAAAGUGAAGGAGGAUGCACUUAAACAACUGAAGAAACUCCAGGCUCAGAUCAAGGAUUGCACCAGGGAAACGGAGGAAGCCAGAGCUGCCAGGGACGAACUAGCGGCUGCCUCCAAAGAAACUGAGAGAAAGGUCAAGAGCUUAGAAGCCGACCUGUUGCAGUUAACCGAGGACUUUGCCAGCAGCGAGCGCGCCAGAAGGACCGCCGAAAACGAAAGAGACGAGCUGCAGGAGGAAGUCAACAAUAACGCCAAUAAGGGUACUUUAAUGUUAGACGAGAAACGUAGGCUGGAAGCGAGAAUCGCCACUCUGGAAGAAGAACUGGAAGAGGAGCAGUCGAAUGCCGAGAUCGUGAUGGAUCGCGCCAGGAAGGGUCAGAUCAUGAUCGAACAGUUGACAACGGAUUUGGCAACCGAACGGUCCACUACGCAAAAAUUGGAAUCACACAAGAUGCUGUUGGAGAGACAGAACAAGGAGCUGAAGGCCAAAUUGACCGAGUUGGAGACGGCGCAACGCGCCAAGACCAAGGCUACGAUACAGCAGCUGGAGUCGAAGAUCAACAAUCUUGACGAGCAACUAGAGACCGAGGCUAAGGAGAGAUUCGCCCAGCAGAAGAUCAACCGCAAGCUGGAGAAGAAAUUGAAAGAGCUGAGUCUGCAGCUGGAGGACGAGAGACGAAACUCCGAUCAGUAUAAGGAACAGGCGGAGAAAGUCAAUGUCAGAAUGAAGGCACUGAAGAGACAAUUGGACGAGGCGGAGGAGGAGAUCAGCAGGCAUAAAACCAUGAAGCGGAAAGCGCAAAGAGAGAUGGACGACAUGAUAGAAUCUCACGAGGAACUCACACGAGAAUUGACGAAUCUAAAGAAUAAAUUAAGGCGCGGUGGUCCUCCGAUAAGCCUGAGCUCCACAAGGCUGAAGCGCGGUUCCGUACAGACUGGUGGGUCGGGCGACGACUCGACGACGCAGGACGAGAGCAUUGACGGCGAGGAGAAUGUCAAUUGAGUAUCGGAGUCGGUCCAAUAUGCUCUCGAACCUCUGUGAAUUAUGUACAUACGUGCGUCGAGAGGGUGUUGGCUUUGAAAAAAAACAGCAAGAAUAAUCUAAAAUAUCAGAAAGCGGACUCUUUUGAUAUAUUUUAUAUAGAACGAACGUAAUCGUUGAUCGCAUUUUGAUAGAGGACGAGAGACGGAUAAAAUAAAAGCUCUGGAGAAGGAAAC